AUCGACCGGGAUCAGUGCUACAAAUCAUCUUGACGCGAUCGUUACAACCGAAGAGACUAAACCUACAGUAAAAGUAUUCAAAGGACUCACAAAAUGCAGAGAUCCAUCCUGCUGCUGCUCAUUUCUGUCACGGUUCUCAGUGUGGCAGUUGCUCUUCCCCUAACUUUGGAUGAGUUUUUCAAUCAGAAUCUGGAAGCGAGCUUGAACAUGGACCUUGCAGAGAAGUCUGGAAUCCGCAAACGAAAUGCCCAGGAUUCUAGCGGCUCCCACGAGGACCCUCAAGAAAAACCCAAGGCAUCAUCUGAGGAAAGUAAGGAGAAAGAAAAUGCUCUGAAAAGAGUCCGUCGUAAUGACUCCAGCGGCGAUUCCUCUGGCUCAUCCUCUGAGGAGAAGCUGAAGGCGGCACACUCCAAAGCUGGAAAAUCCGGUCAAGAAGGUCCAGCUGGUGAAGUUGAGACUGAGACCACCACCUCGGAUGGUAUAGAGGAGACUUCCCACGCCCCAGCUAAAAGGCGAAGACGAGACGUUUCCGAGGAGCACCUCGAGCCAGAACUGAAUCCUCAGGCGGAGAAGGAGCUUACGCAAGAAAUGGAGGAGGCUCUGGCUGCUCUCAAGAAGGACAAGGACUUAAGUAUCGAAGAUUAUGCCCAGGGCUGUGAAGUCCAGGAAGUUAGUUCCUUGGAGGCGAACGAUGCCACAUAUGAAUAAUGGGAUGAUGAUGUUAAAUUAAAAUAAUUGAUAUAAGAAAUACCAAAGAAUAAAAAAAAAAGUUAUUUAAUUAA